AUGGCCGCCGAAUCCUCUCUCCCCGGUCCUACUGCCGCAGGAACCGACUCCGAAUCUGCAGCCCAGAAGCUGCUUGCCAAGCACACUGCCGACGAAGCCCACAGAACCACGGUCGAGGACGUUGUCGACGAGGAAGAUCUGGCCCAUCCGGCUCCGUCUGCUACAUCUGACGUUGCCAAGGGUAAGCAAAAGGUCGACGAUGCCUCAGCUGGGGCGUCUGCGAAGCCGAAGGCCCCUGCAUUUGAUGUCAACUCCGAGGAGGCGUUCCCGUCUCUCGGCGGACCAAAGGCCGCAACCACCACUGCUUCGGCCUGGGGUAAGAAGCCAGCUGCUAACGGUACGAAUGGCACAAGUAAUGGCACCUCGCGUGCCUCGACCCCAGCUUCUGGGCUGGCGACGCCCACGCUUCCGGGCACACGGCCCGGUGGUGCACAUGGCGUGAAUAUCCCUGGUCGUCAGGUCGAGCGUGUCGCCGUGCCACCCGGCUUUUUGCUCCCUAGGCAGUCGCUGAAGAAACCCAUCCCCGAGGUUGUCCGCGAUGUGAACCGUCGGUCCAAGGCUCAGGUGGCAAUGAAGGCUGGCAACAACGGUGGCUUGAUAUUCGAGGUUGUUGGCACGGAGGAUGCGCGCAGACAGGCCAUGAAGGAGGUCCUGCAACAGAUUGGCUCAAAGCAAACAAUCAAGGUCCCAGUUCCCGCAUCUGUGCGCUCGCACAUCAUCGGCCGCCAGGGCGCAACAAUCCAGGAUAUAAGCAAACGAUCUGGAGCACGUGUUCAGAUGCCGAAGCAGGACGAGUUGCCUGCCGAUGAUGAGGACGCUGUCAUUGACGUGUCCGUCGAGGGGGAUUUCAUCGCAUCUGGCAUUGCUAAAGCCAUGAUUGAGAAGAUAGUCGACGAGCGCACCUCCAAUGUCAGCUUGCGCCUCAAGGACAUUCCUGCCGAGUUCUACCCAUUUAUCGCCGGUCCGAACAAUUCUCGUAUCGAGCAGCUGGAGAAUAAUCGCGACAUCAAGAUCAAUAUUCCGCACUACCACACCUGGCGUGAUGCUGCACCACCUCAGGCACCGCGCCAGGGACAACCAACUCCUUUUACGCCUCAGGCCUCGCUUCCGAUUUCUAUCACUGGCGACCGCACCCACGCCCAGCAGGCGCGUCAGGAGAUUGAUGAACUGGUUUCCGUAUUGCGGCGUCAGCUCACCGUGGAUCAGACACCAAUCGACAAGGGACGACACCAGUUUAUCGUUGGUGAUCGUGGUACAUCCGCGCACGACUUCCUGGCUGAGACUGGCUGUGCGCUUGUGAAGCCUCCACCUGGCGUUGACGACGACACGCUCUACGUCGUCGGCCCUGCGGACAAGUUACAGGCAGGUUUAGACAAAGUCAUGGAACUUGCUUCUCAGAUGCAGUCCAUGAACGUCGAUGUGGCCAAGCCACACGGCAACGCUCGUGGCGGUGGACAUCAGCACGCCCGUAACAUGACCCGUUAUCUAAAACAGAAACGUGCCCUCGAGGAGCUUGAGCGCAUGCACGAUGCCAGCAUCGUUCUACCCGCAUCUGACGAUGGUCCGACGGCAUGGGAAAUCUACGCGAAGGACUUCAAGAAUGCGACAAAGGCGCGUCAAGACAUUAUGAACCUCGUCAGCGCGCACCCGCCUUCGCGUUUCCGACCUAUGCAAGUAGAUCCUUUCUUUCAUCAGGCUCUGCAGCAGCGUGCCGCCCCCAGAAUUCGACGCGAACACGGCGUACACAUUGUCUUCCCGGACGGCCAUAUGGAGUCACCAGAUCUGCUGCUAGUCUACGAGCAGCCAGGUUCACCCUCGGAAUAUGUGAUUCCACGCCAGCAAUGCUCACCUGCCGAUGCCAAGGAGCACGAGCGGGCUAUUCAGCAAGCCAUGAAUGAGUUACAAGCACUGAUUGCCGCACAUCAAGCGAUUGAAUCAAGACAGCUUGAAGCUGCACCCAAGUUCCACGAGAAGAUCCGCCGUUAUGUUGACCGUGAGCAGGAGAGCUUGCCGCAGGAUCAGUUCCCCGUACAACUUAUCUUCGGACCGCCGGGUAGGCCUGCAAAUCAGCGUGCUCCCAACAGCUUCUCAAUUCGCGGCCCUGCCUCAGCUGUUGAUGACCUGAACGCGAAGAUCCUGGCCUUCUUGGAACAAGAGAUAAAGGACGAUGCCGAGCGUGGUUUCAAGAUGCAGUUCGACUAUCCACAGAAGUUUGCCAACCAUUUGAUCGGCAAGCGCGGCGAAAAUAUCAAUCGCCUGCGCGAGGAGUUCGAUGUCGACAUACAGGUCAAGGAUGGCAAAGUCGAGCUCACAGGCCCGGAGAAGAAGUGUGCGGCGUGCAAAUCGCACAUCCUGAACCAGCUCAAAAAGCUCGAAGACGAAACUACCCAUAUCAUUAAGGUCAAGCCGCAGUACCACCGUGACCUCAUUGGACCCAAGGGCUCGCAAGUUAACCGCCUUCAAGAUCGGUACAACGUGCGCAUCAACUUCCCGAGGAAUGCAUCAUCCGAUGACAAUGCAUCCGAGCUAGGCUCGGUGCGCAACUUCCGCAACCAGGCAGCGGAUGAGGUUAUUAUCAAGGGCCCCAAGAGAGGGGCAGAUGAGGCUCGCGAGGAGCUGCUCAACCUGCUUCAAUACGUUAUGGACAACUCCCAUGUUGAGACAUUAUCCGUUCAGCAGGCGCAGAUCCCGAGCCUGAUCGGCGCGGGAGGUCGCGAGAUGGAUCAGCUUAGGCUCCAGACUGGUUGCCAGAUUGACAUCCCGAACGCAAGAGAUGCUGCGGAUGCUCAGGGACGAGUCGAAAUCAAGAUCAAGGGCACAAAGGCGUCCGUUGCUGAGGCUAAGAAGCUCCUCACGGAACGUGUGAAACAAUUUGACGAGACCGUGACCAGAAACGUGGACGUGGAUCGCAAGCACCACAAAGGCCUCAUCGGUGCCGGUGGUGCGAAUAUUCGCAAGAUUGUCUUGGAUGCUGGGGGACCCGACGACGCUCGCAUGAUUGCUCGCAUCGUGCGGUUCCCGAAGCCAGGCGACACCGACAACAGCAUUCGCGUUGAAGGCAACAAGGCCAUGGUAGACAAGAUUGUUAGCACAAUCGAGUCGUAUGCUAAGCAACGAGAUGAGCAAGUCAGCGAUCAUAUCGAUGUUCCAGCAGACAAACAUCGACUACUCAUCGGACGCGGUGGCGAGACCCGCCGAAAUUUGGAGUCAAAGUUUAACGUCUCCAUUGACAUUCCUCGUCAAGGCAGCGAUGAGACCAAGAUCAAACUUACUGGUCUCCCAGCUGAUGUUGAGAGUGCCAAAGUGCAUAUUGCAACUCUGACGAAGGAGCAGCAGGGCGAGACUGUGGAUGUUCCGCGCAAAUUCCACCAUGCCAUCACGGACAACGGCCGCAUCUUCCGCCGUCUUCGUGAUGAUUACGGUGUUACCGUCGACCACGCUGGCCAGCAGCCGCCUCCUCGCCCAUCAAAUCGCAGUGGCGCCCGUGGACGCAAUGUCAACGGUAAUAUGCCCCUCUUGACCGACGAAUCGGCUGCUGCGGACACGCACAGCUGGGAGCUCGUGGAUAACACUGCAACGUACGAAGGCACAGACGGCGAUGCAACGAUUCCCUGGAUCCUGCGCGGCUCCAAUCCAGAGUCGCUCGCCAAGGCGAAAGCCCAAAUUGAGGCUGCCAUAGCAAAGGCCGCGCAACCCUCGUGGACGGGUUACCUGAUCCUGCCUGACUCACGGAGCUACGGACGCAUCAUUGGUCCCGGAGGUAGCCAGAUCAACAGCAUCAAAAAGAAGACUGGCUGCGACAUUCAGGUGCCUCGAGCAAGGGGCGCAAAUGGAGGCGGCGAAGCCGUGGAGAUCACCGGCGGCAAAGCUGAGGUCGAAGAGGCCAGAGACAUCAUCCUCAAUAUCGUCCGCGAAGCCGGGUCGCCAGGCAUGGGCAGUAGGGGCGGCUCAAGGAGGGGGUAA